AAGAAAGUUUAAUGCACAACAUCACUGCAUGAAGCUAAGGUCUGGGGUGACUGUGAGGGGUGUGCCAGUCUCGGGGUUCUGAUGCCAGUGGACAUGCAGCCACACCAGGGGCUGUAUCAGUACGAGAGCUCAGCCAACCAGCCCACCAGAGGUCUAGUCCCACCGGAUCAGUACUCUGAAGUGUCGCCGAUGCGUGCUCCACCCCAGAACGGCCUGCCCCAAGACUGUCGCACUAUGUACAACCCCAUGACACCCAGUAUGACGCAUGGCUCAGCACCAGGACAAGGAUUUGGUCACUGUAUAGAUCCAUACAUGAGACCCCCUCAAGCCCCACCUCCUCAUAAUAUGAUGGGACACCGGGGGAUGCCACCACCAGAGGGUGGCAAUAGCACCCCCUAUUGUAACCAAAAUAACAUGAUGUCCUCCCAUCACAACUUCUGUCAGCUCCCUCCUGGCUCUGACCCUAACGGUGGAGAUGGGUCACGGUACUCCACACCUCGCUCUAUGUUGAAGCUGAGCAAGAAGAGAGCCCUGUCCAUCUCUCCUCUGUCUGAUGCCAGUGUAGAUCUACAGACUGUGAUCCGAACCUCACCCAACUCUCUGGUGGCCUUCGUCAACUCACGCUGUAACGCUAAUGGAUCCAGUUCCUAUGGCCAUCUUUCUGUGAGCGCCAUGAGUCCAUCCCUCAACUACAACAACAACAUGAACUGCCAGUCUCGUCAGCAUAGCUCCCUGUACGGAGGAGGUGGUUUGACUCCUUUGGGUGGGCACACUCCAGGGCCCUGUCAAGCUUCCCGUUUACCACCCCACAAUCCCCGGCUGCACGCUCCCCCCAAGCACGGACAUCUAAAGACUGAGCCAGGCCUGGGAGGCGGGAUGGAGGGCAUCAAUGUGAAGAGUUUGGAGGAGAGGUCAGAUGGAGAUGUGGCCAGUCCCUCCUCCACUGGUACUCAGGACCCUCUUCUUGGUCUGCUGGAUGGUCGAGAUGAUUUGGACAAAGAGGAUGGGAAGCCUGAACCUGAGGCAAUCUAUGAAACUAACUGUCGCUGGGAAAGUUGCAACAAGGAGUUUGACACCCAGGACCAGCUUGUCCAUCAUAUCAACAAUGAGCACAUCCACGGAGAGAAGAAGGAGUUUGUGUGUCACUGGCAGGAGUGUUCCCGGGAGCAGAGGCCGUUCAAGUACAUGUUGGUGGUUCACAUGCGCCGGCACACGGGAGAGAAGCCCCAUAAGUGCACUUUUGAGGGAUGCAACAAGGCGUACUCUCGUUUGGAAAACCUGAAGACACACUUGCGCUCUCACACGGGGGAGAAACCAUAUGUGUGUGAACAUGAAGGAUGCAAUAAAGCCUUUUCCAAUGCAUCUGACCGGGCCAAGCAUCAAAAUAGGACCCACUCCAAUGAGAAACCAUAUGUGUGCAAGAUCCCUGGCUGCACUAAACGCUACACAGAUCCUAGCUCACUGCGUAAACAUGUGAAAACAGUGCAUGGUCCUGAGGCUCACAUCACCAAGAAACACAGAGGUGAUACUGGUCCUCGUCCCCCUAACUCUGCCAUGACACCUGGUGGCCAGAACACAGAACUGCUGCUAGAGAAAGAGGAACCACGCAGGGACGAUUGUAAACUUUUGGCUCCCGACACUGCUCUUAAAUCCCAGCCAAGUCCUGGAGGUCAGUCUUCCUGCAGUAGCGAGCGGUCUCCUCUAGGGAGUGGUAAUAACAAUGACAGUGGGGUAGAGAUGAACCUUAACGCAGCAGGUAGCCUGGAGGACCUCACAGCACUGGAAGAUGGAGUAACUGGAGCAGGAGGAGAACCAGGAAGUGUGGGGAUGUCAGCACAAGCUCUCAAGAGACUGGAGAACCUCAAGAUUGACAAACUGAAACAAAUCCGAAGGCCAACUCCUCCCUCACGCUGCAACAACAACAAGCUGCCAGCCAUUCCUGGUGCGGGUGAGAACAUGGGGAUGUGUGCCCCCUCUCCCCUCCUCUCAAACCGGCGGGUGAUGGAGCUCUCUAGUCAUGACGGUGGCAGUGCAUCCAUGGGCUGCUCUUCUGACCGAAGAGGCAGCGGCACCAGCAGCCUCAGCUCCGCCUACACCGUGAGCCGCAGGUCCUCCAUGGUGUCCCCGUAUCUGUCCAGCAGGCGAUCCAGCGAGGUGUCUCAGAUGGGAGGUGGUGCGGCACACCUCACAGGCCCAGAGCAGAGCGCAGGAGGAGACCCUCUUUCUCCUGAAAUUAAUCGAAGAGGCCCCACUUGUCCAUCUGGUGGAUUACCAGGACUAGCCAACUUCACCCCAGCUCAGCAGUACAACCUGAAAGCCAAAUACGCAGCGGCAACAGGUGGCCCUCCUCCCACUCCUUUACCCAAUAUGGAGCAGCCUGGGACGCCAGCAAGAAGAGCGGGCAUGCUAGGUGACUAUCAGGGACAGCCUUUGCCUGCUUUCCUUCAACAUGGUGGUCCAAGAAGGCACAGUGCUAACACAGAGUAUGGUACUGGCAUCAUCUACCCUCACCAGGCUCCAGGGAACAACGCCAGGAGGGCCAGUGAUCCGGUGCGGUCCGCAGCAGACCCACAGACCCUGCCCAAGCGCUUCAACAGCCUCACUAAUGUGUCCCUGAUGAGUCGGAGGAACGCUCUCCAGCACCGUGGCAAUGACUCGAGCAUGGGCAGACACAUAUACUCUCCUCGCCCACCCAGCAUCACCGAAAAUGUCAUGAUGGAGUCUGUGGGAAUGGAGCACCACAUGGGCCCUGAGAGGAAUUACAUGGGAUACCCGCAGCAGGGCCUUGGGGGUCCUGUGUCGAACCAGCUGUCACCAGGUCAUGAUCCUCUGGGCUGCACUGACCAGGGUUAUAACCAGGGGCAUUACCAGCAGGCUGGAGACGUCUCAUCCAACACCCUUCUCCAACAGGCAGAGUACGGGAUGAGCAACUGUCAGCUGAGCCCAUCAGGUCCUCAUUAUCCCGCUUUAGGCCAGGGAGGUGACACAGUUGCUGGACCUUGGAGCCAGGACCAGAGAGGCAUGCCGUAUGCAGAUCCUAACAUGCAGUCUCAAUCCCACUACAACAACAAUCAGCCUGGAAUGUACAACAAUGCAGAGGGCACUCACAAACUAACCAUUAAACCAGAGCAGUUCCACCCCGGGAUGGGGACCGGGGACGCCUGUCAGAGUGCAAAGCUCCAACAGCAGCAGCGCAUGCAUCUACAGCCAGGCCAGAGCUACCCCACGGGACAGGCCAUGAUGAGAAACACCAACAACAUGGGCUGUGAUUUCCAAAACCAAAGCUCCUUUCCUAGUGGAGGCAGCAUGAGUCUGGGUUGUGCCGGUAAUGCACUUUCUGAGGGGCAAAGGUCAGAGACGCCCAUGAUGCAGGUGAAGGAGAUGAUGGUGAGGAACUAUGUACAGUCUCAGCAAGCGCUCAUGUGGGAACAACAGAAUGAAGCGCCAAUCAAAGCCCCUCCUCUCUCUGACAACAUGGAUAUGAGUGGACAAAUGAUGCAGCACAGUCCACAGCACCAAAAUCAGAAUCUCUACCCCAAUCAGGCCUAUCCUGCUUACCCCAACCAAAACAUGGUCUUGAGUCCUCCGGCCCACAGCAGAGGUGCAAUGACUCCUAAAGACCAGCAGAUGGCAGGUCUCCAAGCUCCCUGCUACAAUCAGGACAUGGUCCCUAGGCCUCCCCCUGGCAGGAAGCCUCUGAGCCGCCAAAACAGCCUGUCCCAAAUGGGAGGGACAUAUCUAAACAGCCCACCCCACCUCAGCCCCGUCCACCCCACCACCAGUCCAAGACGAGGGGUCCGGCUUCCUCCAGUCCAGCACCCUCAGGCCCCCCAAAAUGAGAUGUUUUCCCCCACAAACAAUAACAUGUAUUACUCUGGUCAGAUUAGCAUGGACAUGGAGAAACACAUAGACCCACAAAAUGCUCAACUUGCUCCUUUUUCUGAAUCUGGCCCCAUGUCCAACACCUUAGAGAACCUGGACUUGGACAACGCUCGAAUAGACUUCACCUCCAUCAUUGAUGACACAGACUCUCCUUCAUUCACCUCGGGGAACGCUGCCCCUGGACAGUUAGGCUCCUCCUCCCAGGCCUCAUCCCGCCUUACGACCCCCCAGACCUCUGUGAGCCUUGCUGCAGGCACAGGACUGUCCAACAUGGCAGUGGGGGACAUGACAUCCAUGCUCACCUCACUGGCUGGAGAAAACAAAUACCUGAACACAAUGUCCUGAAGACUGUUACACUGUUUAUAUAUAUCCACCA